AGAAAAACCUAGCAAAAAGCCUGAGGUAGACACAAAAGAAAAGAAGCAAAAAGAAAAAGAGGUAGAUGAGAAAAAGGACGAAAUGGUAAAGCCUGAAGCACCUGCAGAAGUAAAGGAAAGGGCGGAAAAGGGAAAAAAGGAGAAGGAAAAGGCAAAAGUGGGAAUUAAGGUAGAAAAGGAGGAGGAAGAAAUGGAGGUGGAAGAAAAGUCUGAAGUUGCACUGAAGAAGAAAACGAAAAAGGAAGCAGACAAAGCAAAAGAGGUUAAAACAGCUGCUUUAAAAGAAGUUGCUGAGGAACUGAAAACUGAAGCAGCUCAAACAGCUGCAGAAACAGACAUAGAUGUUGAUAAAGCUGUUGAAGAGGAGGAUAAGGACACUGACAAGAUCCUUAAAAUCAAAGAAGAGAAAAAAACAGCAGUAGAACCUGUUGAUGUGAAAACUAAACAGGAAGCAGCAGAACCUGCUGAUGAUGAGAAAGAAGACAAAAAGGCAGACAAGAAAGAGGACGUCAUCACUGAUGAUGCGACUCCUGUAGUUUCAGCUACUGUUGAAGAAAGUAAAGAUGUUAUUGAUGAAAAAGAAAAAGAAGAAACACUUACUGUUCCAACAGCUGAUGAAAAAGAUGAAGAAGCCAAAAAAUCUGCCCAAGUCACUGAUGACAAAAUAACUGAUGAAAAAGAUGACAAGGAUGAGGAAGGUCCCAAAGACACAGCUAAAGUGGACACUGUAGAAGAGAGCGACGAUUACCAAAAAGAUGACGAUGACCAGAUUGAAGACAGGGUGGAGGAAGAUGCUCUGAAGCCUGAGCAGGAAAUCAGAGAUGAUGCAAUAAUCAGUGCUACUGCAAAACUAGAAACAGACACCAAAAAAAUAGAGGAAGAGGAAAAGGAAGCAAUGACAAAGGCUGAAGUGGAAAAAAUUGAGGAAGUAAAAGCUGAACAUGAGCAAACCUUAAAACCACCGGCUGUAGAUCAAGAAAAAGAAUCUUCCACCUGUGUGUGUAUGCAGCCUGAACAACCCAUUGUGCCUCAAGUACAAGACAUUAAACCCGUGGAGGAAAAAGUGGAACAGAAAAAGGAUCCACAACAAGAAUCUGUGCAAGAAGAAGCUGAUGUCGUGGCCCCACUACAGGAUCUCCCAGCAUGCCGCCCAACUCCGGUGUACUGCCCGGCUCCACCCGGUUGGUACGUGCAUCAUAUAGUCACAGAUAGUCCAUUACCACCGACGCCCAUGCGAGAGGUUCAGAUUGCUGCAAUAGCAACUCAUGCAGUCACACUUCAAAGACAAGAUGCUGACCAAGAGAAACCGAAGCAAGCCACAAAAAGGAAAGAUCUUCCUGUUAAGAAGCGAAAAGUAGCACCUACAAAAAAAGCCAUUAUCUCAAAAGUACUGAAAGUAAAGGCAAGCGAGGAGAAAGUUAAAACACAGAAAAGAAAAGGCCUUUUGAGUCCCAAAGAGAAGCUCAGACUGAUUCCUCACAGACGAGAAGUACCAAAACUGACCAAACUCAGCAAGCCAGCUGGACCUGUAAAAAGAAGAACCAAAGUCAUAGAGAAAGGAAAAGACGAGAAGAAAGGAGUGAAGGGUGUGAAGCCAGUUCUGGAUAAAACCAGCAGCAAGCCAACAAAGAUGAAACAUGCUGCACUUCCUGUGAAAAAGGAAAGAAGAGCUGUUAAACCUGGUCCUGGGGAGAAAAAACCUAUCAUCAAACCUGCUCCAGAAGAAACAGAAGUUAUAAGCAAACCUGCUCCUGAAGAAAAAGCAGCUGAUUCAGAAGAAAAAACAGCUGUUCCACCUGCUCCAACAAAAGAAUCUAAAGUCGAAGAAAAUGUCACAGAAGGGAAAAAGCCAGGCAAGAUCCCGUACUUUCAGUGUGUGCUAGUAGGUGGAAAAGCCAGCCAAUAUCCAUUGCGUCCGUUAACUCCUGCUACGACUCCUGCUAUUAACCCGGCCAUGAUGAGAGCCAUGAUGGAGCAGAGAGCCAACGUUCUUGAGCAGAAAGCCCGGCCAGCAGGGCAGUAACUCCGAAAGCCUGAAUUGUAUGAAAUUCUAAGCUGCUGAAGCUCUCACACUGCUGCUAGUCUCUUGAUCAAGCUCUGACUUAAUUCUAACUACGACCUAAACACCUGAGAGACUUAUUAUUAUUAUUACUAUUAUUAUUUAAAGUAUUCUUGUCUUAUGGGUUUUAAAGCCAAUAAACUAUUCCUUUAUAAAUAGACGUAACAGUUUAAACCAUGGAUGAUGGUAAAGAAAGGAUUGAUGACAUGACAAGAGCAGUGUUUACAAGACAGAAACACACAUGCAUUCAGAAUGACAUCAUGUAUACAUAUUGCAUGUAAUAUUUAACAUUUAGGGCUGAGUUUCUAUAAAAUAUCACAACGAAGGCUUAUUCAAUCUAUCAGUCCAAACGAUUUUAGAUUUUGGGAAACUAGCUCAAUGUGUUUACAUUUGCAGAUGUUUUGAAGAAACCUUUUAUAAAACUCAACAUAGAGGACAUUACAGAGAAUAUUCAACAUUUAUGACUCAAGUAGUUGCUUUGUAAACAUGUAUUGACUUAUUUAUUAAACCACGCAUUUACAGUAUACAGUAAUGUAUUAGAGAGGCAAAGUAUAUUUGUUAUUGCUUUAACAAAGAAAAAUAUUUAAAGAUAUACACAGGAUGAUUUUAUCUUUAUUGCUAAAGGCCAUUUCCUUUAUGUCACCGUAAUAUGAUCAGGUCAAGAGUUCCUGUAACGACAUUCACAUUACUGGCAGUAAUAUUUCUGUAAGGCAAUAUAGAUUGGACAAAGCCCUUAGUAAAAUCAGAUUAGACAGACAUUCAUAGGUUUUAGCACCAUAAUGUCUCAACUUGUUUUUCAUUUCAUUUCAAAUCAGCAUAUCAAUUCAGAAACAACUCUCGAUUACUCAGAUAAUUCACUGAAAAUUAUGUGGGAAGGGUCCGUGUAGGUUGCGUUCAUUCGCUUUUAUGUUUUGAAAAAACAUUUCAAUAUAAAUCUUCAUUAUAAAAUAAUACACUAUAAAUAUGUACUUUAAUAGAAGAUGUGUGCAGUGUAGUGAUCAGCAUAAGGGAGAAUUUGUCUUACAUUAUUUUAUAAAAGGUGUUUAAAAAGGUAGACAUUAAACAAUGUUGACCAAUAUAUGAUAGACAAUUUAAAACACAGUGGUCUGGUGUUGGCACAUUGUUUCCAUGAGUACUGUCACACUCCUAGAACAUCUUCCAUCAUGUGUGAGGGAAAGAAAACAUCUAUAGGAGUGGAUUGACUUUUCUUUAGCAUGUCAGGUCAGAAACAACUCUCGGUCCAUGUAUGUUGCGUUCAUUCGUUUGUAUGUUUUGAAA